AUGAAGAACCUUUGGACCUUGGCUCUGUGCCUCGGCAGCCUUUUGGACGCCACCAGUGCAGUUGUCAUUCCCGAAACUCUCGGGCCACAACCUGGGAAGUUCAAAGCAUCUCCCCCCCAGGGUGUUCCCAUUGACCGCAAAAACUGGGCGGUGACCUGCUCCAGCCAGCAUCCAGGCAACGAAUGUUCCAAAGCUAUUGAUGGCAACACAAAAUCUUUCUGGCAUACCCCUUGGGGCAAAACCAAUCCGAGGCCUCCGCACGCCAUCAUGGUCGAUAUGAAAGUCGUCCAGAAUAUCAAUGGAGUCUCUCAGCUUCCUCGCCAGGACAGCAACAUUCACAACUGGAUAGGGCGCCAUGACGUGUUCCUCAGCACAGACGGGAAGAACUGGGGUUCCCCUGUUGCGACAGGAACAUGGUGGGCCGACAACACCGAGAAAUUCGCCAAUUUCGAACCACAGCCUGCCCGCUAUGUGCGCCUGAUUGCUAUCUCCGAAGCGCACGACAACCCUUGGAUCAGCAUCGCGGAACUUAACGUCUACGCAGCCUCCUCUUUCAACGCCCCAGAGCCCGGACUAGGACGUUGGGGCCCUACUCUUGACUUCCCCGUCGUUCCUGUGGCCGGUGCAGUUGAGCCAACAAGCGGCAGGGUGGUAGUUUGGUCUGCCUACCGCUAUGAUGAUUUCCAACACUCUACGCCCCGUGGUGGCUUGACGCUGAGCUCCGUCUGGGACCCGGCUACUGGCAUCAUUACUCAACGCAAUAUUACCAUCACUCACCACGACAUGUUCUGCCCGGGCAUUUCUAUGGACGGAGAUGGGCAGAUUGUAGUGACCGGCGGAAAUGACGCCAAAAAAACAAGCCUCUACGAUUCUCCCAGCGACACUUGGAUCACAGGCCCAGAGAUGAACAUUGCACGCGGGUAUCAAUCGUCUGCUACAACAUCCGACGGCCGUGUGUUUACAAUUGGCGGUUCUUGGAGUGGUCCCAAGGGAGGGAAAAAUGGUGAAAUCUAUGAUUCAAAGUUGAAAAAAUGGACUUUGCUCCCAGAGGCCCUUGUUAAGCCAAUGCUUACGGCUGAUAAAGAAGGCAUCUAUCGCGCUGAUAACCACGGAUGGUUAUUUGGCUGGAAGAAAGGAACCGUCUUCCAAGCCGGUCCAAGCACUGCGAUGAACUGGUAUUACACCAGCGGAACCAAUGGCGAUGUGAAGCCCGCUGGUAAACGACAAGCAGGUGGUAAAAUUGACCCAGAUUCCAUGUGUGGAAAUGCGGUCAUGUACGAUGCGGUCAAGGGCAAGAUCCUGACCUUUGGCGGCUCCCCCGAUUACCGGUAUGCUGAUUCCACAGCUAAUGCGCACAUCAUCACAAUCGGCGAGCCUGAAAGUACCGCUCAAACAGCUUUGGCCGGCAAUGGCCAAGGAUUACAUCCUCGCAUCUUUCACACCUCAGUUGUGCUCCCUGACGGAACCGUCUUUAUUACCGGAGGCCAGCGACAUUCCGAGCCUUUUGCAGAUUCGACCCCCCAACUUGAGCCCGAGCUAUACCUCCCCACCUCUAAUACCUUCAUCAAGCAGCAAAGUAAUUCAAUCAUCCGAGCCUACCAUAGUAUCUCGUUGCUGCUACCGGAUGGAAGAGUAUUCAAUGGCGGCGGGGGACUUUGUGGCACUUGCACGACAAACCACUUUGAUGCUCAAAUUUUCACACCGAAUUAUCUCUACGAUAACAACGGCAACCUUGCACCUCGACCAAGAAUCUCGAGCACUUCGACUAAGACCGCGAAAGUCGGCAGCACUAUUACUAUUACCACGAGCGGUCCGAUUAAGCAGGCUUCAUUGAUUCGAUACGGGACUGCUACACACACGGUCAACACUGACCAGCGACGUAUUGCUCUGACAUUGGCGAACGCUGGGACAAACAGGUAUUCAUUCAAAAUUCCGAAUGACCCGGGAAUUGCUCUGCCGGGAUACUGGAUGCUUUUUGUGCUGAACUCGGCGGGGGUACCGAGUGUUGCCACUACUAUCAAGGUGACAAAUUAA